GAUAUGAUAGAAGCAGUGUCUAUAGGAACAGAUUAAAUCUAACAGAUGAUACACACUAUAGAGAGACAUCUUCAAGACUUAUAAAUUGUUCUUUUAAGCUUUCUGCGGCCAGUUGUAAAAAUAUUUGGUACCUUAAGGUUCUAAACUCUGAUUAUAUUCAUGAGGCAUUAACUGAUAUGUCUGGUUAUCCGAUUGUUAGAAGAUUAAACGUUAAGCAAAAAGAAAUUGUUAAACAAAUAGCUGCUGCUGGUUCUCACCCCCAUGAAAUUUUGUCAACCAUACAUCAGAAUGAUCAAUCUUCAAUAGCUAUAUCUAAAACAGUUUACAAUGUUAUGUAUUCUAUUCACCAAGAAAGAUUUAACAGUUGUACACUAGUCCAAGCCCUUCUCGAUGA